GCUGAAUGGUGUAGCAAAAGAUGAGAGGAAAGGGAGAGAAUAGCUCAAAAUGGGCAUUGAUGCUCUUGUUGUUGAUGGUAUCAACGGUGGGGAUGCAUGCAUUGAGUGAGAGUCAGUGUAAGGAGGAGAGGAGGCUUGCAGUGAAUGCAUGCAAGCCGGUCGUGUAUGGUAGACUUCCUUCACCCGAGUGCUGUGAACGUGCGAGGGUGACUCACGUUGAGUGUGUGUGUCCCGUGAUAACACCCAAGUUGGCUGCCCUCAUCGACGUCAAUCGGGCCAUACGGCUCAUCCAAGGAUGUGGAAGGACGGUCCCUCGCCACUUUAAGUGUGGAAGUAUCACUACGCCAUGAAGAUAUGAUCAUACGAAGCUAUUCACAAGAGAGAUACAAAAAUGAAAGUUACCCGCCUUGAGUUUCUUGAGGCCUUUCCCUUUCUAUCUCUACUACUGUAAUACUCUCCCUAUGCGAGAGAAAAUAAGGUCAUUACAACUAUAUUUAUAAGAUGUUUGGCUUUCUUAAUAUGAGAAACAAAAUGGUGCUUUCAUCUCUUUCA